AUGAGUCUUCUGGCUAAUCCUCUGGCCUUUGAAAUCACCGCAAUCACUUUCUUCAUCCUCCUUCUAAUUUGCUUCAUUUGCAUCCUCCUUUUAUUGGUGGUUUUUUUAUAUAAAUGUUUCCAAAGCAAGAAAGAUGUACAGACAGAAAAACGCCCUUGUGCAGAUGGUAAUGGAGGUGAAGGUUGUUUAGCUGCUAAUGUGGAGGCGAACAUUUCAAGAGACCAAGAAAAGACUCUCCUGACACAAAUCAUAGACUUGAACGCACCCAUGAGGCCUGGCAUUCUUGUCCAGAGACGGAGUAAAGAAGCGUUGAUCACACCCUUAGAAGAGAAAGAAAACAUGGAAGAAGAGGGGGAGGACAUAGUAAGAGAGAAGCAAGAACCUAAGAAUGCUGAAGGAAAUGGUCAAGAGGAUGAUGAUUUGCAAAAACCACCCAUACCUGUCACCAGAAGUCAAUCAGCUGUUGAAAACCACAGAAGACCUUUAAAAGGAGUGACAUUUUCUAGGGAGGUAAUUGUUGUGGACCUUGGGAAGGAAUACCCGAAACCUCAAAGCUACCCUUUAGAACAUAAAGAGAGAAAAUUAGCUCAGAAAAGUGUGGGAACAGAAUAUGAUUGCGGCGUGAAGCGCGUGCGCACAGCACAGACCACAGCGCACCGUGCGCGCGCUCCGAGCUGGAGUCUGUCGCACCGCGAAAAGGGUGAUCAAGUGCUCGGGGCGCAUCCUCCAGGACCAGGUUCACCGAAUACCGCGGCCGAAGGUCCCCUUCCUGGGCUCUGCACUUGCGAGUCCCCUGGCGGGCCCGGGGCUCCUGGAUCGCGCCCCUCUCCAGCCGUACUUCUCGGACGCCUUGCCCCCAUCACCCCUGCCUCCCAGACCGUGCGACCCCGUUUGGCCUUCGCGGCCUCCCGGCCCCAACUCUGCACUGCUCCGCGCGACCCCGCCUCCGGAUCCCCGGCAGGGCUCCUGCUCUCUCCGCGCCCCGCAGCGGGGCGGGGCGGCGCAGGGGGCGGGAUUUUCUGGCACCUUCUGGGCGCCGCGAACGCUCGGAUCUCGGGCUCGGAGGCCGGAAACGUCGCUAUGGAGCCGCAGGGCAUCCCGCACGGAGGCCCUUUCUUGUUCUCCGCGGAGGCUGCUCCGUCAGCGUAG